UCGUCACCCCUCCCUUUAACAUGAGGACCUCACCGCUGUGGAGUCAAUGGCGACUUCCUCUCCCAACGCAUGCGUUACAAUCUCGAAUGAUGCGAGCGCGGCGCGGUUCUUCUCGAGCGUCGAUGUCAGUCUCCGCUGAAACUCGCGGUGAUAAGCAUCAUGCUGGCACCGGGGAGAAAUCUUUGCCAAAACGCGAAACUGGAGCCUUUCAGAAGCUACCCAUGGUGAUGCCCUCCAUCGAUAUACUCUCUUCAGCAAAAAGAAAAGCUAGGAAUGUCACUCCUACAAAAGGCAUUGCAAACAUUGCAAAACGAGAGAGAAACAAAGCCGCCAAACACCUUGAUGCAUUAAUGAAAGAGCUAGCUGUACCUUUGAGAGAAUACAAGGAAAACUUCCCUAAAAAACAAUUUUUACAUCCAUAUGAACGAGCUCUUAUUGAGUUAACUUUUGGGGAGGGUAAAUAUGAACAGGUAUUAGGAAGAGUAGACUCUCUCAGAAAGAAAGUUCUAUUUGUCGGAAAGCAGCAUGCAUCACUCUGUGCUCAGUCUCAGACAAAGCGGGAAGCAGAAGAACGGCUAAAUGAGGGUUUAAAGAAGGUUGAGGAAGUUUUCCAACUUGAAAGGAAGGCCGUUGAAGAUUUGAUAUAUGUCGCGAAGAUGUUGCGUGCUAUGCCGGUGGUAGAUCCAGAAACACCAACACUUUGUCUUGUUGGGGCACCCAACGUUGGGAAAUCUUCACUGGUCCGUAUACUCUCAACAGGGAAACCAGAGGUCUGCAACUACCCUUUCACGACUAGAGGAAUUCUGAUGGGUCAUAUUGUUAUAAACUAUGAGCGUUUUCAGGUUACUGACACUCCAGGUCUUCUCACGAGACAUGAUGACGACAGGAACAAUCUAGAAAGAUUAACACUGGCUGUCCUGACUCAUUUACCAACUGCUGUUCUGUAUGUUCAUGAUCUCACUGGAGAAUGCGGGACUUCACCUGCAGAUCAGUUCAUCACAUACAAGGAGAUAAAGGAAAGAUUUCUAGGUCACCUCUGGGUUGAUGUUGUUUCUAAGUGUGAUCUACUGCAAGAUCCCCUGAGCAGUUUUACAGCAGAUGAUCUAGAAAGGUACAAAAAUUUAGGACCAGAUGGAGCCAUUCGUGUCUCAGUAAAGAGUGAAGUUGGUAUCAGUGAGCUGAAAGAUAAAGUUCAUGACCUGCUACUCUCCCAGAUGGCUAGGGUCAAAGGGGAAGAGAUCAAACGGGCAUGCUAGUAGGUCCACAUACAGUCUCUGUCAUAUCUAGAUUUGGUAUUAUGUUGAACUAUUUGUUGAGGAUAGGAGAUGCACUUGGGAACAUUUUCAUGGUGGAUUAACGAUCAGAAGGCUCAGGAUUAAAGUUCAUGACCUGCACUUAUCGUUUCCUUUAUGGUUGAUACCGUCGAAUCUGUCUUCCACCACUUCUUUAGCGAACAAGCUACAGUCUACUUCCAUCAGCAUCACUUCUGUGGCUCGCCAUGACAGUACCUUUCACCAAGCAAGUUUAUUCCCGUGAACUAUCUCAAGGAUUCCUUUGGCUCCACACACCUUUUAGUUUAGAUGUGCUUAUACUGCAAAAAAGAUGUUGUUUUCUAUCCUAAACCAAGAUUUUGAUGUGAUCUAUUACAAGGUUCUUAGUAUUAUUUGAGGAACUUAGCUUGUCUAGAAUUGUUCCAUUGAUUGAUGAAUGUACUAGUAAAUUUGUUCGCGCUUUCUGACACAGCAUAUUAUGUUCCUUGUUACAUCA